AGGGAGUCUCUUCGCGGCCAGACCCUCUCAGAGGUGCAGGGAAGAGAUGGCCGCGCAGCGCAGCUCGGCCGGCAGGGCGAAGCCCACGUUGCCGAUCCACUAUCACGAAGGCUUCUUGGAGAAGAAGGGCCCCAGGGACAAGGAUUUCAAGAAAUACUGGGCUGGCCUCUUUGGACUUAAUCUCUAUUUCUACAACACCAAGAGAGAUAACCAGUAUGUUGAGAAAAUCAACCUGGCUGACUUUGUCUCCCUUGCUGAUGACAACCUCCCCAGUACCACGGCUGUCCGGUCCAGAGAUGGGUCGAGGCUGAAUCUCAAAAUGAGAAACCAAGAAGUUAAACUGAAGAUGGAGAGUCUGGAUGCUCGUGAAAUGUGGAAAGGUUUUAUUCUCACAAUGGUGGAGAUGCAAGUCCCAUCAAGGCUGAACCUGCUCCCUGGCCAUGUCUGUACGUUGUCUCAAGCCCUCGAGAAGGAGAAAGAGCGGCGGUCCAAGCUGGUGGACCCCUUUUCCCUUGAAGAAGAGAAGAAGCUUCCAGAGUGUUUCUUCAGGGUCUCCAGGACGGAGGCCGAGAUGCUCCUGGAAAAGAAUGAGCACUGCGGCAACAUGUUACUGCGCCCCGGAGGGGACGGCAAGAGCGUCUCGGUGACCACGCGGCAGAAAGCGAAUGGGGCAGUGACGAUAAAGCACUACAAGAUCAACCUUUCUGGUGGAGAAUACAUCAUCGACGUCGAAGAGCCAUACUGCUGCUCUUCACUGUCAGAUGUGGUGGAAUUUUUUGUCACCAACAGCAAGCGUGUCCUUGUUCCACUCUCUCUCGAUGAGAGCUAUGCCAUGACUCUAGAAAUCCUGGAGAUGGACAAAGAAAGUGGAGAGAGCACUUCUGUACCCAGGUGGAUGGCAGCUCCCCCCCAACAGCUCCCCAGAGCAGGGGCCCCUGCAAGAAAGAUGUUUUCCUCGGCCCCACAAGCCCGGCCGCCUCCUUGUCAUCUUCCCCCAGUCCUGCCGGUCAAGCCCCCACUCCCGGGCUCAGCUGCCAAGGGAUCCAACAACAUAUAUGAAGAGGAGGAUCUUCCAGACCAGACAUACGUGAACAAUGAAGAAGUUGCUGAGAUGAAACAGACCACUUUAUGCAGAGAACUGAAAGGCAUCCCUGCGCUUACAGCUCCAAGCAAACCUGUCAGAGGUUCCAGCCUCCAGAGAGUGAUGGAGAGCCCCCGCUCUCACCCCUUAAUUCCACCGAGAAACCUUUGCACUGAGAUGACUGAGGAACUCGAACGGAAACUUCAAAAGCGGAGAGCCAGACUAGAAAACUGAGGCGCUGACCAAGAGCAAAACAAAGAUGAUUUAGGCAGCCUGUUGGAAAGCCGCCAGCCAAAACUUUACCUGGAAUCCCUCCACCAUUACUGCCAGCCAGCUUUCACUGCCCAUUCCUCAUGACACCAUUACAACUUCAUUUUUCAAAGGGCUCCUCUUCCCACAUGUAGGACCAGCUCAAGAUCUUUUGCUGCUGGAGAUGAAGGAUGAGAUAGCGUGCUGCCCCCUGCCCAUAUCACGGAAGCCAGCUGUGUGUAUAGUUUAGGGCACAGGCCGUGCUGCUGGUGCACCUCCCGGAGAAACAACUGGCAGGAGCUCAGAAGGAAUCUUCCUUUGGGUGCCACUGCCACCCGCAGCAUCUGCCACCUGAGGCUGGCACCUCACUCCCCUGCAUGGUAGCACCAGCCCUUCCAUUUUGUCUCCAGAAUAUCCCGCUUGCUCUUAACUGACUUGGGCCAGACUCAUUAAAAGAACACAGUAGACAGAAACUGCCACAAACGGAAACCAAGCAGGAGGGCCCAGAGAUGAUAAAUGGGGGUCCCCAGGCCUGGAAUAGGGCAUACCCAGGCGGACUGGGCAGGCCAGACUGAGCUAGGCUGGAGCAGAAGAAAGCUCUGUCAGGCUGAGCCUAAACUUUCAAGCGGAGCCUGGGCAGAUGCCAAACUGGGACUAGAAAGCAGUCUCGCCAUCUCUGCCGUGUGGACCUGAUGUGAGAAGGAGAUGCGCUCUGAGGCCUGGUGGAAGCGCAAAGUCCUUCGAACCCAGUGUCCAGUUCUGGGCACCACACUUUUUAAGAAGCAGGUCAAGUUCUAUUUCUUCCAGCGAUUCUAUGACAAGUAGAGGACAACAUGCUGAGAAUCAGCACGGCUGGGCACCGGGCAAGGACCCACAACUGAACAGGGCCCCACUCACAAUUGCUCCCGGAGCAGCUCCUGCUUCGCCCCAUCACAGCAGGGCGGUUCCCCCAUGCCUUGCUCUGAUCCAGCGAAGCAGCGGCAGGAGAUGUCGAGACUGGCGGAGCAAGCAAGCGCUAGUCAAGUGGAGGAAGAGCAGCGGGGGCAGCGGUGGGGACUCUGGAGGGGGCAAUCCAUUCUGGGGUCCUUCCCCUAGAGCCCUCCAAAACCAGGAAACAGCUCUGUGCUUACGUACCUUACUAAUGCAAACAUUUGAAGAAGAAAAAGAGAGAUUUUGCAGGGUUGUGCUCACUGCCCUCGGUAUCGGACUACGGAGUGGGAGAACUACCGGGUCCCCCGAUGUGGAUUGACGGACAAAAGACCUCUUGGGUGCAUCCAGCCUGAAGGCAGGGGUGGGGGGUCAGUCCCCAGAGGUGUGGGAGAGGUUUGUUGAACCUGUUGAAUUGAGGUUUGGAGCAGAUGCGCCGCCUUGUCACACCACACGGCCUCCGGCACGUGCAACACAUUUCCUUCUUUCCCCCUGCUUUUCAACCCUUCCAGUUCCACCAUUUAUUUCUGGCCCUUCUUUUGUGUUA